GAUUUCUAUGGCUUCGUAUUAAUUUGACUAUGUCAUCAAAGUCUCGAACCGCAAUAAAUAAUUUUCAGAAACCACUAAUAAAGUAGAACUUAUAUCCCUUGUCAUUUUAGUAUAAAGCUCAAACUCUGCCUUCAUCACUUCAAGUUCACUAAACCAAAAGGCCAAGUAAAAGCUCUCUCACUCUCUCACACACACAAGUUAAAGAAAGAAGCAAGAAUGAGUCUAUUAUUCAUCUUUCUUUUAGGCAUACUAUCUCUCGCCACUUCCUUCCCCGAAACUCACUACCAUGAGUUCGUGGUCGAAGAAACGCCGGUGAAUAGGCUGUGCAAAACUCGCAAGAUAGUCACGGUGAACGGACAAUUCCCGGGGCCAACCAUUGCCGCAAGAAACGGAGACUCACUAGCCAUCAGAGUUACCAAUCGAGCCCGUUACAACGUUACCAUCCAUUGGCACGGAAUACGACAGAUGCGGACCCCAUGGGCCGACGGGCCCGAAUUCGUGACGCAAUGCCCCAUCAGGCCCGGCGGAACCUACACUUACCGUUUCAAGAUAGAGAACCAAGAGGGCACAUUGUGGUGGCACGCCCACAGCCGGUGGCUCCGGGCCACCGUCUACGGCGCCCUCGUUAUUUUUCCGAACUCGAGCUCCUCCUAUCCCUUCUCUGCACCCAAGAUUGAUGUUCCUAUCAUUCUCGGUGAGUGGUGGAAUAGAAACAUCCUUAAAGUUAUGAGACAAGCCCUCUUCACCGGAGCUGCCCCAAAUGUUUCAAACGCCUACACGGUCAACGGUCAGCCAGGAGAUCUCUACAAAUGCUCUACCCAAGGCACAACCAAAAUCUCAGUGAACCAGGGAGACACGGUGAUGCUAAGAGUAAUCAACGCUGCACUCAACCAAGAGCUCUUCUUCAGCGUGGCCAACCACAAACUGACGGUGGUCGGAGCCGACGCCGCCUACAACAGGCCCUUCACCACCAACGUGAUCAUGGUCGGACCGGGGCAGACCACCAACGUCCUCCUCACGGCCGACCAGCCACCCGCGCGCUACUACAUGGCCGCGCGUGCCUACCAGUCCGCACAGAACGCGGCCUUCGACAACACCACCACCACCGCCAUCCUCGAGUACAAAACCGCCGCCGUCGCCAACCCCAUCCUGCCCCGACUACCGGCCUUCAACGACACGGCCACCGUCACCGCCUUCACGAGCCAGCUCAGAGUCAUACGAGCCCAAGCCAAAGUCCCGACUCAACUCGAUGAAAAUCUAUUCUUCGCCUUCGGAUUAGGCCUCAUCAACUGCAAUCCCGGCCCUCGAUGCCAAGGGCCUAACAACACGCGUUUUGCCGCUAGCAUUAACAAUGUAUCCUUUGUGCUGCCGAGAAGCGUUUCUCUUUUGCAAGCCUACUACCAGAACAUACCGGGAGUUUACACCACCGAUUUCCCUCCUUCUCCGCCGCGCAAGUUCGACUACACGGGCAACGUGAGCCGGGCGCUGUGGCAGCCCGGCUCCGGCACGAAAACGUACAAGCUCAAGUUCGGGUCGAACGUGCAGAUCGUGUUGCAGGACACGGCCAUCGUGACGACCGAGGACCACCCCAUCCAUCUACACGGCUACCACUUCUUCGUCGUCGGCCAAGGCUUCGGGAACUUCAAUCCGGCCACCGACACGGCUACCUUCAAUCUCGUUGAUCCGCCGGUUCGGAAUACCAUCAACGUUCCGGUCGGAGGGUGGGCCGUCAUCCGUUUCCACGCCGACAAUCCAGGCGUUUGGCUGUUCCAUUGCCACAUAGAUUCACAUCUUACUUGGGGUUUAGCGAUGGCAUUCAUCGUCGGAAAUGGAGAAGGGCCGUCGCAAACCGUCGAGCCGCCGCCGGCUGAUCUCCCACAAUGCUGAGGGAGCCUUUCAGUUCCCAUUUAAAAUUUAAUAUGUUUGGUGUAUUCUACAUAUCAUUUCAUUUUGUAUUUUCGUAUUAAUUUAAGUUUUUAAAUGUUGUAGCCAUAUUUAUAUACGUGUAAUGUGAUUGGGAAGAGAAGAUUUACAGUUAGUAUAAAAGUAGCCGAAGUGGUUCUAUAGAGCAUUGAGUUUGUUAUUGUCUCGAGCAAGAAAAAGAGUUGAACCAAUUACAGUUGUGUAUGGUUCGCAAAUUAAUUAUGCAUUCUUAUUACAAUUAUAUGAACAACUUUUACUU